UCGUCACUCUCCUGAUGUGUGUGUGUGUGUGUUUGUGUGUAUGGGCGGCGUGUCAGCAGCGGCUGUAGUGUUUGUCGAUUCGUGAUGGCUUUUUCUUCUGUCUCUGCUGACGAUUUAAAGAGGAAGAUAGACGAAGUUCAGCGCUUUCUUUCGGUGUCGUUAAGCAUCGCGAACGCGCACACGGUGGAUUUCUACACGCGCGAUGUUUGGCAGUCGUUCGUGGCUGUGAGUCCCGAGGAGGUUCUGACGGCGUUGAAUUCCGCUCGAGACCACACGGGGGCAGCAGAGGACAAAUUAAAAUUGAAUGAAAACAUCAGCUUUGGGUUCUGUGAUGCCACAAAGAAGCUGGUGGAUGUAGAAGCUCUGCUGAGGGCAGCUAAAACCCACUCACUACCAGGACUUGGGGUGUGUGUGCAGCGUGAGGCAGUGAUGGACACUCUGAGAGUGAUGUCUGCAGAUGCCCAAGAUGGGAUCUCUGAUGGAGCUCUGUUCCCUGAUGAGUUCAUGAACUCUAAGAAGGCCCAUGAGGUGCCAGCUAUGUCUGAAGUUGUGGCCAGUCUGGCCAAAUGCUGCAGAGUCAAACAAGUUAUAGAUGUGGGCUCAGGUAAAGGUUACCUGUGCUCAUUCCUCACUUUGCAGUAUGACCUGCAGGUGUUUGGCAUUGACUGUUCCAGUGUUAAUACACAUGGUGCUCAGGAGAGGAACAGGAAACUCAAGAAGUUUUCUAGAGCCUAUCAAAGACACAGCAAGGUCAAGAGUAACCAAGAAGUCUCACCCGAAGACACAAGCAGUAGAGAUGAAGAAGAAGAGAGAGCCAAUCAGUGGCACAGAGCUCCUACAGAACAUGAAGGGACAGCUGUGGAGGACAGUGAAAAAGAGAGGAGCACUGAACAGGUGGAAAACCACGCUAGCACUGAUGUUGAGAGUCAUAUGGCUGAAGUCCAGUAUGGUGCAUCAGCGGAACCAGCCGUUAAUGUUCUCUCAAUCACAAAUGGACGUAGAGACUGUGCACUGGACUCAGCAGAUGCUGAUUCAGAGGAGACUUUCUUCACUGCCUUGUCUCCUGACAUCAUGGAGCAGGCCACCCGCCGUGUUCCCCCCAGCCAGCUGAGCCUGGAGGAGAGGGAGAGGAGGAAGAGGGAUAACCUUGAGAGGAAGGCACGGAAUGGGAGAGGAAACACUGACAACAGCAACCUCUUCUCACCUUUGACUUCCUAUGUUACAGCAGAAACAGAGCUCAGGACACUGAUUUCAGAACUAGAGGAUGCGGUCAUGGUUGGCCUGCAUACAUGCGGAGACCUGGCUCCCAGCACUCUGCGAAUGUUCGUGGCCAAGCCGGAGCUUCAGGCUGUUUGCAGCGUAGGCUGCUGCUACCACCUCCUGUCUGAGCAGUUUGAUCAGGGCGGGCAGGAUUGUGAGACUGCUGUGUUUGGGUUUCCCAUGAGUCAGUAUCUGAGAGAGCAAGCGUGCUUCUGUGGGAGAAACGCCAGGAUGUCGGCAUGUCUGGCUCUGGAGAGGGUGUCAGUCGGAGGAGGGCUUCCUAUGGAAUCACUCUUCUACAGGGCAGUCCUUCAUGUUAUUCUACGGGAUCACUAUGAUGCUCAUAAGAGUGAGAAGCGUGUCGGAAAUGUUUAUUCUAAAGCGUCCUCGUUCGUGGACUACGUGAGAAGAGCACUCAGGAAACUGGACCUGGAUGAAUCAAAGCUUUCCGACAGUGUGAUCCAGAGCUACCAUGAUCUGUACAGCCCUAGGAUGAGUGAGAUGGUGGCAUUCAACAUGCUGAAAGUGACAUUAGCUCCCUGCAUUGAAGGUCUCAUCCUGCUGGACCGACUGUGCUACUUGAAGGAGCAGGAGAAUGUGUCCUGCUCCGCUCUGGUGCAGCUCUUCGACCCACUUCUGUCACCCAGAUGUUACGCUGUCGUUGGAAUAAAGAGAUGUGGAAUUUCAUAAAGCCCAAAGAUGCUGUACCACAGUUAUGCCUUUUAUUUUUUAUGCUUUUAAAUUAAAUG